AUGUCGGUUGAGCUUACAGAGGGCGUCAUUGCAAGCAUGCUUGACUCGACGGACGGGACCACGUCCGUGGUACCCGUCUGUCAGAUCCUCAGCUUGAAAAAACUGCAGACAUCGGCCGGUAGUGCGGCGGUGAGCGACCGCUACCGUGUUGUGUUGAGUGAUGGCGUGUACUACACGCAAGCCAUGCUAGCUACGCAGCUUAAACCUUUGGUCGAUGCUGGGUCCCUGGAGCGCAAUGUGGUUGUGCGCGUGAAUCAGUUUACGGCCAACUCUGUGCAGAACCGUAAGAUUCUCAUUCUUCUCAGUCUGGAAGUCCUCUCCUCUCCCCUGCCUCAUCGUGUCGGCAAUCCCCAGAAUAUUGAGGCAGCGAAGCCGGAGAGUGCUAUGACGAGUGUGCCAGCGCCUGUUGAUACAAAGCCCGCGGCCUCUGUACCGAGUGUGGGCGCGCAAGCUCUUUCUGGCUCGCAUGGGAUGGCAAGCGCAUCGCGUGGAGUGACCAAGUCUAGUUCUGGGAUGCCCGUGUACCCCAUUGAAGCCUUGUCACCGUACCAGAACAAGUGGACCAUCAAGGCACGUGUGACGCUGAAGACGGAUAUCAAGCACUGGUCCAAUGCGCGUGGCGAUGGCAAGUUGUUUAGUGUCAAUUUGCUUGACGAGAGUGGGGAGAUUCGUGCCACGGCAUUCAACGAUGCGGUAGACCGCUUCUACCCUAUGCUGCAAGAGAACAAAGUGUACUUUAUUAGCAAGGCCAAGGUGACCAUUGCAAAGAAGCAGUUUAGCACGCUGCCCAAUGAAUAUGAAAUUUCGUUGGAGAGCAGCAGUGAGAUUGAAGAGUGCGCAGAAGCGAGUGAUGUGCCGGAGGUCAAGUACAACUUUGUACCGAUUGAUCAAUUGAUGUCCGUUGAGCCGAACCAGACGACCGAUGUGAUCACGAUUCUUGACAGCUACUCGGAUGUGUCGGAAUUGGUAUCCAAAGCCACGCAACGUCCUGUGAAAAAGCGCGACUUGACGCUGAUUGAUAGCAGCGGUAUGAGUGUGCGUAUGACGCUGUGGGGGCAGCAAGCGGAGAACUUUGAAAAAUCUAUUGCUGGGGAAGAGAAGCCUGUGCUGGCGUUCAAGGGCGUCAAAGUCAGUGACUUUGGUGGCCGAAGUCUCAGCAUGUUUUCGAGCUCGACCAUGUCGGUCAACCCUGAUAUUCCCGAAUCACAUGGUCUGCGUGGCUGGUACGACAAUGAAGGCAGCACGGCCUCCAUUCGUGGGUACACAUCGACGACGGAGCCUGGUGGGUUUGCGGCUGGACAAACGAGUGGCGCUAUGCGCUCGAACGAGCGGCGUACGUUGGCGCAAGUGAAGGACGAGUCGCUGGGUAUGUCAACGGACCGCGCGGACUACUUUAAUACGCGCGCUACGAUCUUGUACAUCCGUCCCAACAACCUUUACUACACUGCAUGCCCAGGCCCAGACUGCAACAAGAAAGUUCUGGAGGAUGGCGAUGGGUGGCGCUGUGAAAAGUGUGAUCGGACCUACCCUGCGCCUGUGCGUCGCUACAUUUUCUCGGCGAACAUUGCCGACUACUCGGGCCAGAUCUGGAUCAGCGGCUUCAACGAGGUCGGCGAGGCGCUACUGGGCAUGACGGCCGAUGCCCUCGAUGCGAUCCGGAAUGAAAAUGAAGGCGAAUUCAAGGCUGUGCUCUCUCGCGCAGUAGGCCGCAUGAUGCACUUCAGCUGCCGUGCCAAGCAAGAGACGUUUAACGAUACCAAUCGGGUGCGCUACACGGUGACGCAGGCGGUCCCUGUGGACUUUGCCAAGGCAGGGCAUGAGCUCGUCGAACAGAUUCAGGCGCUACAGGUGUAG